AUGUUAUAUGAGUUAUGCUUACGAUCACAUGCUAAGGGGUCUCUCAGGCCUUCAUGCUUCGGUAUACCCAUCGCAACUAGGUCCUUGGUUUGGGUCGUGACAAAGGUAUCUACAGCUGAAUCAACUCCACCACCAUCUCCUUCUAAAGGAGAAACUCAACCAGCAUAUCCUCCUAAGGGAGCAACUCCACCACCUUCUCCUUCCAAGAAAGAAACUCCACCAACAUCUCCUCUUCAAGAAUCAACUCCAUCACCAUCUCCUCCUAAAAGAGAAACUCCGCCAACAUAUCAUUCUAAGGGAGCAAAUCCACCGCUUUCUCCUCCCAAGAAAGACGCUUCACAAAUAUCUCCUCCUAAGGAAUCUCCUCUACCACAAUCUGCUCCUAAAGGAAAAACUCCAACGACAUAUCCUCUUAAAGAAGCAACUCCACCACCUUCAUUUCCACCCUCAUCUCCUCCUCUAAAGAAGUCAAUUCCACCUUUUUAUCCUCCUCCUCCUCCUUCUCUAUUAUCCAUCACCCACUCCUAA